CCUCGAGAGUCAGCCUCUGUGUUUGUCAGAGAGAGAGAGAGAGAGAGAAGCUAGAGAGAGAAAGAGAGUUGCGAUUUGUGAACGACGGGAUCUAAAGCGUGUUCUCUGUUAAGACUUUGAAACAUGCCGAUCUCUUAUGUGUUAUGAUCUCAGCGUUUUAAAGAGAGGACACCUUAUUUAUCACUGAAGUUCGUUGUUUGAUGUUUGUUGCCUCACCUUCACCUUUCAUGUCUUCUCUUCUUAUGUGCUCGGGGUGCGUUUGAGAGCACUUCACUAUCUCCCAAGUCUUGUGAGUUGUAACAUCUUCAAGUGACUAGAGUGGAACGUUUAUCCUUUAAGUGGCUUUGAUGACAUAUUAAGUUCUAGGGUUGUUUAGUGCAUUGGAGCAGAUGUCCUUCCGCAGUAUAGUUCGUGAUGUAAGGGAUGGAUUUGGAAGCUUAUCAAGACGGAGUUUUGAGAUAAGGCUUCCUGGUCAUCACAGGGACAAGUCACGUAGUUCAGUCCACGAAUUGCAUGAACAGCCUCCGGUUACACAGAACAGCCGAUGGGCAAGCCUUCCGCCGGAGCUUCUUCGUGAUGUUAUUAAGAGAUUGGAAGCAAGUGAGAGCACGUGGCCUGGACGUAAGCAUGUGGUUGCUUGUGCCGCCGUGUGCAAGUCCUGGAGAGAAAUGUGCAAAGAAAUUGUAAGCAGUCCUGAAUUCUGUGGGAAGAUUACUUUCCCGGUUUCCCUGAAGCAGCCAGGCCAUAGGGAUGGAACCAUCCAGUGUUUCAUCAAGAGAGACAAAUCUAAGCUGACGUACCACCUCUUCCUUUGCCUUAGUCCUGCAUUGCUUGUUGAAAAUGGAAAGUUUCUUCUUUCUGCAAAACGUACCAGAAGAACGACUUGCACGGAGUAUAUUAUAUCAACGAAUGCAGAUAAUAUAUCAAGAUCUAGUAGCACAUACAUUGGAAAAAUGAGAUCAAAUUUUCUUGGCACCAAGUUUAUAAUUUAUGAUACACAGCCUCCAUAUAAUAAUGCUCAGCUGUCUCCACCAGGCCGCAGCCGUAGGUUUUAUUCGAAAAAGGUUUCUCCAAAGGUCCCUAGCGGCAGCUACAAUAUUGCCCAGGUCACAUAUGAGUUGAAUGUUCUUGGUACAAGGGGCCCAAGAAGGAUGCACUGCACCAUGUACUCAAUCCCUUCAUCAUCCCUUGAGCCUGGUGGUACUGUCCCGGGCCAGCCAGAGCUCCUUCCCCGCCCCCUUGAGGAUUCAUUCAGGAGUAUAUCCUUCUCAAAAUCAAUUGACAAUUCAACUGAGUUUAGCAGCUCUAGGUUCUCAGACAUAGUAGGAGCUGGCAAUGAGGAGGAGGAGGUGGGAAAGGAGAGACCACUAGUUCUUAAGAACAAAUCUCCAAGAUGGCAUGAACAGCUGCAAUGUUGGUGCCUCAACUUUAGGGGAAGGGUGACCGUUGCCUCUGUCAAGAAUUUUCAGCUGAUUGCUGCAACACAACCUACAGCUGGUGCUUCUACAGGAACCGGAACUGGAACAGGAACAGGAACAGGAGUUACAGGACCUACACAAGCUCAGCCAACACAAUCUGAUCAUGACAAGAUUAUCCUUCAGUUUGGCAAGGUUGGCAAGGAUAUGUUUACAAUGGACUAUCGAUAUCCCCUCUCUGCAUUUCAGGCUUUUGCCAUAUGUUUGACUAGCUUUGACACAAAACUGGCAUGUGAAUAGUGACAGGAGAUACAUGUGGUAAGAAAAAUAGGAUUAUUUAUAGGUUGGUAAAGCUGCAUUAAGUCAUUGUACUUCUCAUAGUUAAACUGUAAAGUACAAAACAAUCUGUGCUCAAUGUUCUCUCUUUCUUUUUCUUUUUUUGGCCAUUUCCUUUUUCUUUUGAACCCUAUGAUUUGAAAUUUAAACAGUCUUUAUCAAACUUUAUUGAUGUAGAGUUUCAUACUUUGUAUGUUAAAGAUGUAAUGAAA